AUGAUUGACCAGAUUAUAGCCAAUCUACUCCGGAAAACGUUGGAAACACAAACACCAAAAUUUUCUGGUAGCAAAGUGGAAAAUGUUACUGAUUGGGUGAAGACGGUAACAGUUGAAGUCAAGUUGGCCCACUGUCCAGAACAUGAAAAAUUAGAUUGGGUUCCAACAUUUUUACGUGGAGAAGCAUUACUUUGGUGCAUGAAGAGGAAGAAUGAUAUUCAAACCUGGAGUGCAUUUAUCGAAGCAAUGCAAAACGAGUAUUCACUGCAACGAACGUAUGAUCAAUACUCACUGGAGACGAUAGUCUUUGAAGAAACAACAACAGUGAUGGACACAGAAGAAUUAGAAUGGCCGAAACAAGGUGAACCAUGGGCAGAUUCUGAGCUAAAAGAACAAAUGGAAAGAUUUCAAAAAACACCAAAUAGUGAAUAUAAUAUAUUAAUUAGUCACACACAAUUAUCAACAACAUCAGCAGAAGAUGAAGAAGAAAUUAAUGAUGACAAACAAGUACAAUUGCCAAGUGGGACGAUGGAUAAAGAUCGUACGUUGUUAUUGUCAAAAUUAUAUGAUGUAAUGAAACAAUUCAGAUUAAAAAGAAAAUCACAAUCAGUACCAUCAUCGUGGUCGUUAUUACAAUUCGCACUCUCUAGCACUGGUUUAUCAUGCCCAUGCUUUCACAAUGGCUCAAGUGGUGAAGACAGUCUACUGAGUGCUGUAGAUCCCGAAUUCCCGAGACGGGAAUUCAUUUAA